GUCAAGCUGUGCGGACGCACCGCAAAGCGGUCGCAUCCGAAAGUGAUAACAAAAAAAAAAAAACAAACAAAACUCAAAUUGAAAAGCAAAAACCAAUUAUUAAUAAACGCUACGUUUAUCACAUAUGCUUCGAAAGCAUUGCCAUUUAAAAACAGAAAAACCACUGUGACUUGAAAACUUUGUUACUUUGUCAAGCAGAUAACAUUUUAAAAAAGGGUUAAAAUAAACGAGUUCAACCAAAAUCUAAAAGAAAUAAAAAACACGAGAUUGAUAACUCAUACAACUGCAAGUGAAAUAUCAAAAAACAAAACCAAAAAAACACAGCAAUUAAAACCCAGAAGUGCCGAAAGUGAACGAAUACCAUUCGACGGCGCCCCCGGUUCGAGGUUUUAUCUUAUCAGCAGUUUCACGGCCGUUUCGGCCAAAACUCGCGGUACUAUCUGUAUUUUCGAGAGUGUGUGUGUGUGUGUGUGUUUGUUAGUGCACGAGUGAAAUUUUCGAAAAUCGAGAGAUAUCAGCAUCGUUAUCUUCGUCGGUGAAGUGAUCUUGUACAAUUUUGGGAAAAAAGAGGAAGAAAAAGCUCACUAUCAACCGCAUUUCCGCUUGCCCCGGGGUGGUGUUGGUGGUGUCAUCAUGUGAAGCAUCUCAACACGCUUCACACGGAGCUCCUGUGCGAAUGUUUUGAAAUACGCCGAAAGGCAUUAAGCUUGUCGGAGGACGAACAGAAAAAGAAGCGAAAAAGGACACACAAAACAGUCGGAUAUUAUCGUAACAAAAGGUCGUCUAGAGAAAAAGUCUCUGGGUGAAGGGGAGCAUCCAACAAGCAGGCGGUGCAGCGUUGUUGGCCAGUGUGCAGCUCGCGGCCUUAGACCAUGAGCAGCUUUGGCGGCUCGCAGAACGGAGGCGGCCAACAUCAGCAGUACAUCAUCACGACGAUCGAGUUUGACGAGGGAACCGUACCGGAAGUUAAGGAGGAACCGUUAACGAGUUUGGGGGACGGGCUCGGCCCGAACCAGCAGCAACAGGACCAGUACCAGCAGACCUCCAUGAUGGACGCACUGAGCAGCAACCCGAUGUUGACGACGGCCUCGAUGCCGAUUCCAUCGCGCAACGCCGGUAACCACCAGCGAGCGAUGGCGGGUGUCGUGUCCGAUCUGGACUUUGCCAGCGAAAUGAUGGACCAUCAGUUCCGGUCGAGCCAGCUGCACGAUGUGGGAACGUUCGAGAAUGGUGGCGUUGUUGUCGGUGGUGGAGUAGGAAGCUACCCAACGCACGGAGCAGGUGGAGGCGCUGGUGGUGGAAUGUUGACACAGAACGAUGGACUCUUUUCCCUGCCGAGUGGUUGGGACUGCAUGGUGCUGACGAGCGAUGGCAUUGACGUGGGAGCGAUGAACGUUCCCAGCCUGCAGAUGAUGGACACUUGGGCUUACGUUUCGCCGUCGUCCACCGCGUCGUCGGUGACACCGAACGAUGGUUUGCCGCUGCAGGACACCACCACGCUCACCAUGGUGACCACGCAGUCCGGUGCGAUGCCGGGUGGUGUUGGACAGCAGGCGAUUGGCCAGCAGAUGAUGGAUGAGUUCUACCCACUGGACGAUUUUGGCGAUGGGCUUCUGUGCAAUGAUCUGAACACGAUCGAGGGGCUCUUCCAUGACGACAUCACACUUCUGAACCAACCGCUCAGUCAGCAGUCACCGAAUUUGAGCGGUGACAGUGGCAUUAUGCCGUCCAGUCUACCACAGCAGCUUCUAGGUCGUUCCGGUGGGCACCUGCUGGCCGGCGGGAUGACGCUAGCCAACGAAAACACAGUCGGCAGCGUCGGAAGCAACAGUGUGUCAUCCGGAUUCGGUGCUAACGAUGGUGGCAUUCAGCUGCUGCUGUCUAGCGAUCCGAUGGUGGCGGCCACCUAUGUCAACAUAAACAGCAACAGCAACAGCAACAGCAACAUUCUGUUGUACGACGAGCAAACGCGCAUCUCCACGUCACCGUUCGAGGUUUACACGAAACAGGAGCCAGGUAGUGCGGUUCAGUCGCCGCUGGCAUUUUCUCCAAGCAGUCACGGCUCGAGCCCGUCUACUAGCGAGGGUCACUUGAUGGUGCCACAACAACAAGGCGGCCCAAAGACGCUUCUUCAGCAGCAACUGCUACAGAACUCGUUCAACAACAACAUCAAUAAUCUCUAUAAUAACGGUGGUUCGCCAAGCACAACACCGACCCCGUCAGCGACGACACCGACACCAUCUACGACGCCCGGCAUCAGUGCCGGAAAGCUGAUCAAAAGCUCGGUCUCGCCGAGCAGCAACAGCAACAGUAGCACCAGCACCAAUAACAACAACAAUAUCGAGUCGAUCAAGAACCAAAACAUCAUACGAAGCAACGGUGAUGGAAUGGACACCAAUCAGUCGCAGCAGAUGCCACAGCGUGCGGUCCGCCGUGGGCUCAACUUCAGCCGGAACAGUGGCAACGUUGGUCAGGUGCAGCACAAUCCGCGCUACUCCACGCUGCAGCAGCUGCUGAUGAACAACACGAACGAUCGGCUGAUGGCGGGCAAUCAACUGCUCGGUCAGUCGGUCCCAUCCGGCUCGGGACUGCUUAGCCCCGGCGGAGGACCGUACUCCGGUCGCCGGAUGCUAGCGGGACACCACUCGGCGGCGGCGGCCGCAGCAGCAGCAGCCGGUGCCGUUUCGGUUGGUUCCAGUGCCGGCACGUCUGGAACAUCCUCCAUGUCGCGCCUUUCAUCGUCCGCCCCGACGCAUAUUUCCGGCUUCGAGCAGAUCUGGCAGCGGCGUGAACCUCGGCCGCAUCUCCUCUCCACCGGCAGUCUGGCCGAGGCUACCGGUUCGACCUCCUCGCUCAGCACCGGAAGCGUUCUCAGCCCGGAGGGACCAGACUACUCGCACGACGAAGGAUACUCCGACGAUAGCGAACACUAUGAAGACUACUCCAGUGGGGAAGAUUCCGACAGCGAGGACACUGGCAAGGUUUCAACAAGCGCCGGCAGCAGCAAGGCAAAGCGCUACUUCUGGCAGUACAAUGUGCAGGCGAAGGGUCCGAAGGGGCAGCGGCUGGUCAUCAAAACGCAGGCCGAGGAUCCGCACGUUCUGAACGCGGUCACCGAUCCAGUGUUUAGCCCACACUGCUCUGUGCGCGGCAUCAAGAAUCUUCGUUUGCAGCACAGUGGCAAGGCGCGGAAGGGUGACGGUAACGACCUGACGCCAAACCCCCGGAAGCUGCACAAUAUCGGCAAGGAGCUGGACAAGUUGGGCCGUGUGAUCAACGACAUGAAGCCAGUCAGCGAGCUGCCCUUCAAUGCGCGCCCGAAGACGCGCAAGGAGAAGAACAAGCUCGCAUCCCGGGCCUGCCGACUGAAGAAGAAGGCACAGCACGAGGCGAACAAGAUCAAACUGUACGGGCUGGAAACGGAGCACAGACGUCUCAUGAAUGGCAUUUAUCAGUUGAAGCAAAUUUUGGUUGCGAAAUGCAACAACGCCGGUACACCUACCGAACACCCGGAAGAGUACAAACAGCAGUUGGAAACGUUGGUUCAGACGUCAUCCAAAAUAAAGAUUGCUGGCAAUUCGACCGAGUUCGUGAACAAAAUGCUCGAAAACGUACGAACGGGGAAUAACACUAGUAUAGAUACGGUACUGGAGCACUUUUAAUUUGUUUAGUGCAAAUCAAGAAGGCUUUGAAAGCUGAGUACGAGAUGAAGAAGAAAAGCGAAAGAGCAAAGGUGACGACGCUACCGGUCAAAGGCAUCCAUGAGACUGUAAGAUAAACACGGAAAUCAACCAUUUACCUUCGUUUGUUGAAAUUCAUAUUUUUUAAAGCCAUUUUUAUAUAUUUCUAAAACGAAAAACUACGGUUUGCAAAAGAAGCACACAGUGUGGCACACAAGUUACACUGAAAACGCUCUGGAAAGCGGGGCACAUUUGUGAAAUUAAUACCACCUAAGGCAUAUUUCAAACAUAUGUAUUGCAUACAUUUUUCACUACCUUAUAAGAGAACAACAACCUGAGUGAGCAAACCUUGAAGGGAACGUGAGGCGAAGCAAAGAUACAAUCCAAUCGAAGGUGGACAAAUUCGGAAUCGUGACGGAGAUGAACGGAAAGUAAGAAAGUAUGCAAAUGAUGCGAAAAAUAAUACGUAUAUCCUGUAGCGUUAAGUGAAUUUUCACUUCUCUUUUUCAAAAUUUCUAACUAUCACUUUCUUCGAAAAUUGAGCGAAGUACAGCAUUUGAAGUUAAUUUUUACCAGUUCUGUUCAGGGGAAGCUUUUCCGAAUAUUUUGUUUUUUCUUUCUCUUAAUCUAUCCUAUGCAUAAAGUCUUCGUUAGAAGCACACCGACAGAACACACAUAAUCUUAAAAUCUAUCUACACAACGCAAACAAUAUGCUGCACCUUUUUUCUCAAAGCUGAUGAAAUCAACUUCACGAAAUUAAAACAUAAAUCUGUGUAAAAACUUGGUGAUCGGUAUAACCAGUAACAAUUAACUGAACAACACGGACUGAACUGUAAGCGCUGCGUUAAACGCGAUUGAAAUGAUUAUAAUUCGUGCCACACAUCCAUCCAAUGACCAAAUGAACGAAGAGUGGAAUGAGGUAUGCCACUUGAAGCAUACGCAAAUAAAACAAACAAAUUAUCAUCUAAACUAUCCAUACCAAUAAACAGACACACAAAUUUACAAAGAAAAAAUAGAAUGAAACGUGAUGCUCAGGUACAACAACAAACAAGUACAUUUGAAAUGAAACGAUGUAAUGGUUUAACAACUAUUGUUUUAUUUUUACUAAACAAUUGUUCUCAACCUACAUAUGAUGUAUCUUGGAAACAAACUUAACUCAGUGAUGGAGAAGAAAAAGCAGUGGGGAAAAAUGUCGCAAAGUCUGUUGAAACCAUUCGAAACAUUUUAAUUGGGAAUUCAAACAAGUAUGGUAAAUUCCAUGGUGGAAGAAAUGAAGGGUUAAAUAGAAAGUGACACAAAAAAAACAAACUCUUAAUAUUGUGUUUGCAUACGAAUAAUAUAAACAUACAUGAAUCAAUGCCCGAUGGAUAAAGAUAACAUAUGUACCUAAAUACGCUGACAAAAACAGACAAAAAUGAUAUACUAUACGCUAAAUGCUAUAUUUUAUUCUUUUCCUUAAGAUUGUGUGAGUAUGAUGUACAUCCUUGUAGGAUUCAGCAGGAAGGAUUAGUAACGUAGGGAUCAAGUGUAUCCGGAAGAUAAAAUACAUGCAUAAGAAAGGAAAAGAAAGGCAGAAAAAAAAAAUCAAAUAUGUCACCUAGAUGAGUAAGAGCAACACCGUAAUGUACUAUUUUUAUAUCUUUUAUAUUCCUUGUAAUAUUCACAUUUCUCAAGUCAUGUGUUAAGUGCGUGAAGCGAUAGGAGAAUCGACGAUUCACUAUAUUUUCCAUUUACCCCAAUUUUCAUAAUAAUAGUAGUUGUUUAAGGAAUUUUAGGCACCUGUUUGAUCCAGGAAGUAUGGUUUGCGUGGCAAGUUAAGGUAAUUGAAACCAGAGGGUUGGCAAGUGAGAAAAAAUCAAAGCAAACUGCGGCGUUCGCGGACGGUGAUAUUGAUUGCUAAUACCAUGUACCGUUUCCAAUUUUCUUUCGCAUCGAUAGGUGUUGGUGUAGGUGAUCUUGUCGGUCCGGUCUACUGCUUUAGAGUUUAGAGAGCCUUUUACCAGUUGAGUGUAAUGCUGUUUGUUCUGUUUAUCCUAGGCACUAGUUCCGGAACGGGUAGUUGCAGCAUUGCACAAGGGAAUUGUUCGAUAUGGCGAACAGAAAAUCUCCGGGACUAGGGAUAUCGAAAAGAGUAGACGAAAGAAAGUAAUUUGAAAACAGCGCAAACAAAACCAAACAAAGAAGAAUUUGAAAAGAAUUGGGCAAACAUUUAUGUUUGGCCCACGCAAUGAGAUUGCAAAAUACAAGUUUUGUUUCGAUUAUUAUUUGAACACACAAAUGUUUGUUUCGCUUAUUUCUUUUUAGUCAACUUUCCACAGCAUACUUAAUAGAUUUUGUUUUGCACUAUUUUUCUUUCCCUAAUCGUCAGUCGCGACGGAAAGUGUGCGAAAAGUGAAUGCCAUAGUUCUGUAAAUUACAGAGUCAAUACGUAAGACAAGUGUAACAUUUUUUUUGUCUUUUCGAAGCAAGACAAGAAAAUAGAAACCUCAACCUCGGCUGAAGAAAACAAAAAUACAUUUA